CUCGAGACCGGCAGUGGUGUUAGUGCUUGAGGAGCCGCGGCGGAGGGCGUCUUGCUUCCCCGCUCGCUCCUGCUCGCCCGCAGGUCGGCGCGCUAGCCCAGCUGAGCGGCUACCAGCGCUGCGGGGCGGCCGGGCUGCACGCGCACCCGCCAACUGGGAAGCGGAGACACAGCUAGUCCGAGCUUCGGGAUGAGGAGCGGGCGAAGUUGACUAGCCCCCCCACCCACGCUGCGCCUCUGCAGCGCAGAGGUGCGCUGCCCUCUCCAGGAGGUGCCCGCGCACGGCUCUGCUCCAGGUGUGCACGGGACAGCCCGCCCCCGAGACCUGCAAACUUCACCGCAAGUCCAAAGUGUGAGCUCCGAGGGCGGUGCCGGGAGCCGGACUCCGUGCAGGGAGAGCUGUCCUGGCGGCUCUCGCGGCCGUCGGAGGGCGGAGACCGGUGGAAACUUUAUCACCAUCAUCGUAGUUACUACGUUUUACUGUUGUUCUCCCCGCAGGGGCUGCAGCGAGCGCUCUGUCGCGCGUGUUUGUUUGCCAGAGGAGCCGCCCCGGGGAGAAGACUCGGAGGGGAGUUGUCUCCCCAAGGGAUACCUGCAACUCAGGCGGGGGGUUUGGGCGGCCUGGAUGCGCAGAACCCAGCCCCGCAGCCGCUGACGCCGGGCGGCGGCGAAGUUUGGCUGCUGAGCGGCGCGGCGCAAGGCCACUGGACAGCGGGCAGCCAGGCGGCAGCGGGAGCGAUGCCGGUGGGGGGCCUGUUGCCGCUCUUCAGUAGUCCCGCGGGCAGCGGCCUGGGCGGCGGCCUGGGUGGGGGGCUCGGCGGUGGCAGGAAGGGGUCCGGCCCCGCCGCCUUCCGCCUGACGGAGAAGUUCGUGCUGCUGUUGGUGUUCAGCGCCUUCAUCACGCUCUGCUUCGGGGCGAUCUUCUUCCUGCCGGACUCUUCCAAGCUGCUCAGCGGGGUCCUGUUCCACUCCAGCCCCGCCCUGCAGCCGCCCGCCGACCGCAAGCCCGGGCCCGGGGCGCGCGCCGAGGACGCGGCAGAUGGGCGAGCCCGGCGCGGCGAGGAGGGCGCGCCCGGGGACCCCGCGGCCGCCCUGGAGGACAACUUGGCCAGGAUCCGUGAAAACCACGAGCGGGCUCUGAGGGAAGCCAAGGAGACCCUGCAGAAGCUGCCCGAGGAGAUCCAAAGAGACAUCCUGAUGGAGAAGGAGAAGGUGGCCCAGGACCAGCUGAGUAACAGGGUGGGGUUCAAGAUGCUGCCUCCAGUGGACUUAGCACCACUCGUUGGGGCGAUUGACGGGGAGCCGGCCGACGCCGCCAUCCGCGAGAAAAGGGAGAAGAUCAAAGAGAUGAUGAAACAUGCUUGGAAUAAUUAUAAACGUUAUGCCUGGGGAAAAAAUGAACUGAAGCCUGUAUCAAAAGGAGGCCAUUCAAGCAGUUUGUUUGGUAAUAUCCAAGGAGCAACAAUAGUAGAUGCCCUAGAUACACUUUUUAUUAUGAAAAUGAAAGACGAAUUUGAAGAGGCAAAAGCAUGGGUUGACGAAAAUCUAAAUUUUAAUAUGAAUGCUGAAGUUUCUGUUUUUGAAGUAAAUAUACGCUUUGUCGGUGGACUAAUCUCAGCUUACUACCUGUCUGGAGAAGAGAUAUUUCGAAAGAAAGCAGUGGAACUUGGGGUAAAAUUGCUACCUGCAUUUCAUACUCCCUCUGGAAUACCUUGGGCAUUGCUGAAUAUAAAAAGUGGGAUUGGAAGGAAUUGGCCCUGGGCCUCAGGAGGCAGCAGUAUUUUGGCAGAAUUUGGAACUCUGCAUUUGGAGUUUAUACACUUGAGCUACUUAUCAGGAAACCCCAUCUUUGCUGAUAAGGUAAUGAAUAUUCGAACAGUACUGAACAACCUGGAAAAACCACAAGGCCUUUAUCCUAACUAUCUGAAUCCCAAUAGUGGACAAUGGGCUCAAUAUCACGUAUCAGUUGGAGGACUUGGAGACAGCUUUUAUGAAUAUUUGCUAAAGGCAUGGUUAAUGUCUGACAAGACAGAUCUACAAGCUAAGAAGAUGUAUUUCGAUGCUAUUAAGGCAAUUGAGACUCACUUGAUCCGGAGGUCACGUAACGGACUGACUUACAUCGCAGAAUGGAAAGGGGGCCUCCUGGAACACAAGAUGGGCCACCUGACCUGCUUUGCAGGAGGCAUGUUUGCCCUCGGGGCAGAUGACGCUCCUGAAGGCCUGACCCAACACUACCUUCAACUCGGGGCUGAAAUUGCCCGUACCUGUCAUGAAUCUUACAAUCGCACAUUUGUGAAACUGGGACCAGAAGCUUUCAGAUUCGAUGGCGGUGUUGAAGCCAUUGCUACGAGGCAAAAUGAAAAAUACUACAUCCUACGGCCAGAAGUUGUUGAGACUUACAUGUACAUGUGGCGACUGACUCAUGAUCCAAAAUACAGGAAAUGGGCCUGGGAAGCUGUAGAGGCCUUGGAGAAACACUGCAGAGUGAAAGGAGGCUAUUCAGGCCUCAGGGAUGUUUACUUCCACAAGGAGAGCUAUGAUGAUGUGCAGCAGAGUUUCUUCCUGGCAGAAACACUAAAGUUUAAGCACAACAACAACUUGAAACAUAAUUUGGAUCAUUUUGGAAAACGUAGAUUCAUCCUUUCACAAAAGCAUUUCUGAACACUAAGCCGUACACCUAAAUCUUUAAGAAACAGAUUUACAUUGGAUUUUUAAACAACUCUUUUCUUAUUGAGGUAAUCUUAAAAGUAUUAACUUCAAUCACUCCUUUGUUUCAUUUGCUUUCUUCUCCCAAAAGCUGCUUUUAAAGUCGGUUCUUAAAUUGUUUCUUCUUGUUGAAUUUUAACAUGACUGUCACUUGCACAGACUACACAGAAUUCCUAGUUUGGCCACGUGCCAUGUAAAUAUAUAAGAUGUUCUUGCAAAUGACCUCUGAAAAGGACCUUCAUUUCCACCCACACCCACCUACGCCCCCCCACCCCUGCCGCGUUUUUACAUUCAUUGCGAUGCUAAUCGCCAAAGAUUUUUUGACUUAUGAUCACUUUGAAUCUCCUUAAGACAUGCCGUUACUUACUAAUAAAUUAAUGUAAUUUUGUGUUACAGAUCCAUUUGAUCCCCAGCGAAUGCAAAUUACCAUGAAAGCUUAGAGAACAGUCAUAGAUGCAUAGCAACUUUUCCGCAUCCUGGGAUAUUUUGGCCUUAGGCUAUGAACACAUAUUAAUUCAUAAUUCUGCAAAAAGGGCCAUAAAAUGUACUGAUUUUCAAAUAGCAUUUUCCAGAAAAUGACUAACACCUGAGAGCUCUUUGUUUCGUUUGUCUUAUUUUGUUCUGUUUUUUUAACUCUUUCAGGAGAAAUAAGUGAUGAUUCUCAUUCACAGAAUCUUUAAGAACUUUGUUCCUGACUUUCAAUUUUUAUAGUUGUUGGUGGAAAGUAGAAACACAUAGCUUUGAAUCACUGCUUAGCACCAGGACGGGAGGUCACCGUAGCAACUUCUUAAGGCAAGCACAGUGCUAUUGGUCCCAUUUCAUGGACAUGGCAGCUUUGGCUUCUUGGGACCCAAGGCCUCUAUUUUGGUAAGUGACAGAAGGAGAAGCAGACUAAGUCUCUUCCUUCUUUGUGCAAAACCUCAUCACCACCCUGCUAGUCAAUACAAUACUUUAACCUCACUAGUUAAAUAAAUCCUAAGUAAAUUUCACUGCUAUUCACACUGCUAUCUGCUAUUUCCAGAUUUAUAACUUUGUGACUUAAUGUAGUCUUAGUGAGGAGCUGCAAAAUUUUAUAUGUUUUAAAUGCCACCAUUAAAAUAAAAUCCCUCUAGUCUUUUUUCUCUAUAUGAUGCAGUAGAGAAGGUGUAGAAAGUAGGUACCGUUGGGCCAAUGGGAAGCAGACUUCACUGAGAAGACAACUGAGUUCCAAACGUGGCUCUAUUAUUAACUUCCUGCGUGAUUUGGAACAAGCCCUUGAAGUCUCUAUGUCUCAGUUUCCUCAUCUGUAAAAUGAGAGGAGUGGUCAGCCCAGGUGGAGCAGCUAGGCUAUCCCUUCAGUGUUGUCUGUUGUGGAUGCUGGAGCAGGAAACAGCAGUACACAAGCCAGCAAUGUUCCAUCCAUGGACUAGAGGCCACCAUGCCCAGAUUACAAGACAUCAAAACCUUCAUUUUCUCAUCUGUAAAAUGGGAAUAAUAACACCUACAUCGUGAGGACUAAAAUAGCUAAUAUAUGUACAUGUUCUUAGCUCUGUACCUGGCAGGAUUAUGCCUUCAAUCCCUGAAUCCCAGCUCCUAUUUCUAGCUCUGUAAGAAAGAGCUAGAAAGAAUCAUCUCUCUACCUUGGGAAGCCUCCAGCUUGUUUUGUUAUGAGAACACAUUUGCUGUUAUCUUGCUUGCCAUUUCCAAAUACCCUAGGCUUUUUUGGAUACUGUCCUUCAAUCAGACUGCUUCAAACACAUAUUAUUGCUCAUCUUCCAAGGUCAGAGUUUAGCUCUUAUUUUCUAACAUGAGAACAGAAAUAUCCAGUUCUUUCUUCACACUAGUAUGGUGCAGUAAUUGAAGACUUUUCCACAUAUUUUUUUAUUGAAGAACAAGAGGUUUUCUUUUAACAUUUGUAGAAGAAAAGAAAUAGAGUUCAACCCACCUGAUUGCUGCUCUGGUAAGAGCAUUAUUAUCAAUUGUGUCUCUGGUAUAUUCAAAUUCCAUGAAAAUAAAACCAUGACUGCACGUUAAGAACUGCUUUUAAAAUUGAAGUAUAGUUUUGUUUUCAUCCCAGAGUAGCUUUGGAAACCAACAAAUUCAAUGUUAUGAACUAGGAAAGAUUGAUGAAAUAACUUCUGAGGGAGCCAGUAUUGCUUCCAAAAUCAGCUUACAUGUUUGAAAAGCACUUACAGUGACUUAAAAUAAUCAUAUCCAAAGAAGAAUGCAUAAAGUGGUUUUGAUUGAGAGUCCCCUCACCUGUCCCCAUCCUCCAAAACAAACAAACAAACCCUUUGUUUCCACAGCAGUGGAGACACGCAUUAGGUGAGAGCGACACUUGCCUUUUCUUCUGGUACUUCCCACCCCCUACCCCGCCCCCGCUCCCGCCCCCAGUGACAGAAGACUGUUCACUCCUGAAGAGGGGCUUGCAGUUCUGCCCCAGAUUCUGCCUGACAAAGUCACACAGUUCCCCUCCCUCCCGCAGCCCCACCCUUGCUGACUUUCACUUUUCUGGACUCUAUCUGAAAUAGCCCUCCCUGUCUGUCUUCUCCUCUUCUUGAAAAAUGUCUACUCUUCCUUCAAGUCUCAGUUUACAUGUUUGUGACCUGUCUGCCUCUCUCUUCCCCCAAUUUGUUCUUGCUUCUUCUGACUCUCCAAAGGACUUUAUGCAAACUCCUAUUCACAUGCAUCACACUCCAGUGUCAUUAUGUGUUUACUCAUUCAUUCAUUCCACAAAUGUUUAUCAAGCACCCAGAGUAUAUCAGACACUAUCCUAGGUCCUAGGGAUUCAGCAGAGAGCAAGUUACACUUGCUUCUUGUCUGCACAGAGCUAAAGACUAGAAAAAGGGCAAAUAUGCAAAAAUACAUAAAAUUUUAAAAGGAAGGUGCCAUGGCUUAUUAAUUAAUAUAAAUAUAAGACAAUAUGGCAUCUGGCAUAUAUUUGUUUUCAGUCUGGUUGCACCCAUCCUGCACUGGGAGGCACUCAGAGAGCAUUUGGUAAAGAGUGAACAAGGUGUUAAGAGUGAAGAAAAAGUCUCAAACUUUUCUUCAAAAAAAUAUAAACAGAAUUUUCAUCUUAAGUUUGACUGCAACAGAAUACAGCCUCUGCUAGGCCCUACUAACUCAAAGUGGUACUUCUAUCUGCAAAACUGAAUGCAGAUUCUAUCUUUAGUGGGUAAUCUAGUGUUUACCUUAACUGUGAGAUACCUAAUUAUAAGCUGUCAUUAGAAAAUUUUAUUCACUGUACUUGCAAAAGCAAACUCACCAAAAAUAGGACAAUUUUCUUAUCUUUUAGUAUAUUCAAAAUAUAUCAGUUGUCUCAGGGAAAACCCACAGGAGUCCAAGCUGUAUUCCUGUAUUUUAACUGCUUCUGGACUACACACCGCUGGUAAGGUCAGCAGACACACCAGAGACUCUCUUGCCAUUAGGGUUAGGCUUGUUUUUUUAUUUUGUUUUGGGGGGAUGAGGGGUUCUUUGUUCAUUUGAGCCAUCAUAGAUAAAGGCUGCUCACACAUCUGAGACUGGCUUCUUCUGGUCUAUGAAACACACGAGGGGCACUGUCAGUGAUGUAAAGGAGAAAGGACUCCUCUGUAGUUACUGCAGCCUUUUUGUAAUCCUCUCUAGUAACAGGACCAAGGAUUUUAGGACUCAAGCAAAUCCAUUAAUAAUUACCUUGUAAUUUUCUACCUAAUAAGUUCAGCUUCCUUUUCCCAAGCUGCCCUUUCUUCAACCAUUCUAGUGGUGACAAAAAUGACUGAUUAGAAUUUUCACUCUCAUCCACCUUAUCUUCUUGUCUCUAACUUCUAGUGGAAGUGCUAAUAUAAAUGAGCAAAUAACAGAGAGGGAGAAAAACAAGGGCUCUCAGAGAGAUUAAUCGGUCCCUGAAAAUCUGAAAGUGACUUCUGUCAUUAUUACAAAUCGAUAUACAGGAUUUCUUUAAACACUAGAUAAAAACCAUAUAAUGUCAAAACCAUGAUUAAAAGGUAAAUAAAAAUAUGAAUUUUCACAAGAUCUUGGAUUUAUUUUUCUGUUUAAAAAAAGGUAUACAAUAGAUGGUUUUCUUCUUUCCCUCUCCUCAUAUAAUGAUGAUUGCAUUAGGGAGAAGUUUCAACAUUUCCACAUUGUGUAUCUGGGCUUUUAACCUCUCCCAAAGAUCAGAUAAAGGCUGCCAAACCAAAAAGCAUUCUUGGCUCGUGUACGCAGCUCAUUCUUUUAAUAGGAGAUUCAGCAUGUCCGAGCAAGAGCAAAGGCUUCUCCAGGGUCUUUAUCUAUUGAUUAAAACUGUACAGGCUAUUCUGCUUAAAAUGAGUCUUGAAUACUCUCUAAAAUAAAUGUUUUAUUCUAUUUUGGAGUAAAAGGUGUAAAGGGAAAAAUGAGACAUACAUAUACCCCCCGACCCUGCAAAAACAUGCUAUAUUAUAUUUUUUUUGCCCAUGAUAUUUCUAUAAAAAGCUAGAAGCAAGAAAAAAAGAUCUAUUUGGAAACGAGAUUGUAGUUUAUCUCCUGAGAGGAAAAUUCAAGACCAAGUGCCAAUUACUACUCCACUGGGCAGAGGUUACUUGGCAGCUCCCCAAUACAUAUUAGGAACUGCCCUGAGACCUUUAUUUAAACUAUCGAUAUGCCCCACGUCUCAAAGGAAGUUGGAGAAACCUUUUUUCUGUGAUUCUAAUGGUUAUGAUACCAAGAUUCCUAGAUUCUCAGGAGCAGGCAUCACACUGUGAACAGAUUUGUCUAAAUUGAGAAUUCCUCCAGUUUCUUUUUUGGUCAUUAGCUUUGUAAUUAUUACAAGUGGUAUAUCAGCCAGGGAAACAGAAACCACUCAGUCUCAGAAAGAAGAAAUUUAACACAAAGAAUUAGUUACAUCGGUGAUAGAAGAGCUGAGACGCCAAACAGUGGAUGGUGAAUUCUGAUGGAAAUUCAGCAAUUAGCGACUGCAGUAUGCCACUAUCUGGGGCAGAAGCGGGAGAGACACAAGGUGGAGGUGAUGUUACCAGAGAGCAGAAGUGAUCAGAGCAUGAGCUAGAUCAGCAGUGGAGGACUCACAGCAGAAACUGAGACCACAGAGGGAAGGAAUAGUCCAAGAGGAGCUACAAUCAUGAAGGUGAUACAGCAACUGCUAGAGACACCACUAGAAGCACAAUGAAUAUGAGAAAUACACUGGCUUCUUCCUUUCCCCUACCUUACAGUCUUUUACCAAUGCUUCCAUUGGUCAAGACUACCAGGAAAACAGAGCAAAGAAGUCUGGGAAAUGUAGUUCCCUGAGAUGCAGAGCCAAGCUGAGGAAGUUCAGGGAAUAGAUAUGAGAGCAAAUAGGUAAAUGUCACAAAAGUAGCUAUAGCGAGACUCACCAUUUGGAACUCUGCUUAGCUUGAGAGGUCUUCAUUGAAAAAACAAGCCUCAAGGCUACCAGCUGCUAGAAACUAGCAGAUUGAGAACCUUGGUUGCAAGGAUCCAUGCGUCCUCCCUGAGCUGCAGAGCAAAAACGUUGAACAUAUUUUUGAGUCUUCAUAUCUCCGUGAUGAACUUGCUGGUGAGAAGCCACAUUUGCCCAUCCGUGAAAGAUCCAAAAAGUUUAACAAAUGCUUUCAGUCAAAGAAUAGACUUCAGAGAAGGAAAUCAAUGAGUCCAUGAAGCACUUGUUCUCAGAGAAUAGGACAGAUAAGCCUAAAAUAAAACCUAAAGAAGGUAUGGCCAUCAAAAUGAUCGUUUUAGAUGUCAGUGAUUAACCUUUGGUCACCCUGCUUUGGAUCACAAUUGAUCUUAACUCCAAAUUUUCACGUGACUGGUAGUAGCACUUUUCUAAGUCUUUAUCUGCCAACCCAAAUACAUCAGCCUAGUUUUAUACCCCACUUAUUGGAACAUAAAAAUGAUGAAAGCUAAAUGGUCUUCCGAGAGAGAGCUUAGAUUUUUUUACAAAAAAACACUGACUCUAUUAGUUUAAUAAUACUCAUCAGCAUAGAAUCCUGAUUUUUUUAAAAAAUUAAAGACAUUUUGGAGUAGUUUUCUCUGCAUUGUUCACUGGGUUUAGAUAGUAAUGCCUACCCUUCUAAGCCCAGUUCAAAUAUCACCCAUGAACCUCUCCCAGUCUUCCUCCUUUUUGCUGUGUUAGCAUCUUGGAUAAGCCUAAAUGGGUGUACUUAUUACAUUAUAUUGCAAUUAUUUGUUGCCAGUCUCUCUCUCUCUGCUAGUGAUUUAGACCAAGACAACCUAUCAAAAGCAAUUUAACUUCAUAAAUUGGACAAAUAUAAGGCCGGUCAGCACUAUAGUUUGGUCCAAAAUUAAUAUCCUCAGUCACUGUUGCCAAGUUUGAUCACUUUGUUAUAGAAUAGUGUUGUUCUACAACAAUUUGUGGGUCCAGAAUUUAAGCAUUUUUGUCAGUUAUUUCAAAAUUGGGAGCAAAGAUUUUCUCAUUUUGCUAAAUUAUUUUUUUCAGCUAGUUUUUGCUACUCUAUGUUAUUUGUAAAAGUUGAAACAACCAAAAUACCUAAUUUGGGAGGUUGGUUGAAACAAAUGUCUAGUACUAGGUGACAAAUUGGAACAACUUUGAAGUCCAAAAUUGAUUGCUAGAAAACAAUAUUUAAGAUAUAUUUUCCUUUUUAUAGAAAAUAUUAUAAUGAUGCCUAUUCAUCUUUGACUCUAGCUCGUAGUAUAUAAUAAGCAUCUAGUAAAUGAGUAUGUGCUAUAGACUGAAUGUUUGUGUCCUCCAAAUUCAUAUGUUGAAACCUAAUUCCCAAUGUGAUGGUAUUUGGAGGUAGAGCUUUGGGAGGUGAUUAGGUCAUAAGGGUGGAGCCCUCAUGAAUAGGGUCAGUGUCCUUAUAAGAAGAGAUCCCAGACCCCAGAGAGCUUCCUCAUCCCUUCCACCAAGGGAGGACACAGCAAUAAGACAGUCAUCUGUGAAGCAGGAA